UAUCCCGUCCCCUGCUUCGCUCCUUCUGGGGGCGGCUCGGGCGGAACCGCAAGCCCGAGCGCCGCCGCCCCCCGCAAACCCGGCCACCCCAUCUCGCCGCCGCUCGAGCGGCCACCGGAAGUCCGGUCGGCCGCGAGGAAGGCCGUGGCGGGGCUCCAACUCCCCCUUUUUUCUCUCCUCCCCCCUCUCGCCCUCUCUCGGUGGCUGCCCUUCUGCGGCGGCGGCGGCGGCCUUCUCCCGGCGGCUCGGGGCCGGAUCCGGGCCCCCGGUCGCCGGAUCUGCCCUCCCUAGGCUUGGCUCGGCGGGGCGGGCGGCGUUGCUCGCGGCCUGGCGCUUGGCGCGGUGUGGGAUGCGGCCUGGCGGGCGGGGCGCGUCCUGGUGCGGCGGCGGUGGCGGCGGCGCUCGCGGCGGGGCGCGGUGGUGCCGGUCGUGGCGGCGCCAUUCGGCUGGCGCGCGGCGUGGAGCGGUGGUAGCAGCUCCUGGCGCGGCGCUUCUCCUCCUCCUCGUUUGGCGGGCGUGACCGUGCGGGGGGCUGCUGCGGCACCUGUCGGGCCGGAUCCGGUGUCUCUGCUACCGGAUUCGGCGGUGGUGGUUGUGGAUCUGCGUCGGCGGCAGCUCUGGCUUCGGGGCUGCGCUUCAUCGGGUCGGCGUGGCUGCGGUUGUUUGCGGCGCACGCCUCAUGGCGGCUGACAUUUGGCACCCACGGUGGCGGGUGCCGGAGCCGGCGUUGUUGGUCAUCGACAGACUCGAAGUUUGGCGGGGUUACGCAUACGGUGGAGUUAGGCCCGGCUCUACAGGUUGUUUCCUCGGAGAAUGGUGAUGGCCGACGCAGCUGUGCGGCUGCUUCGCGCAGCUGGCGCGUCGAUGCCCUUCUGAGGAACUCCUGUACAAUGGCAGGACAAUGGCAAUGGCGGUGCUGGUUGGGUGGAGGCCCAGCUUCUUGGCUGACAACCGUCUAGAGCGAGGGCUUCUUUGGGCGAAAGCCUCGACGAUAGUGACGCCGGUUGGCGCCACUUUCCCUGUUGGGGGCAUCGUUUUCCCCUCUAGCGCUCUCAUACAAGGGUGAAAACCCUGUAACAGCGGCGCCAUCGGCGUCGCUCCCUUCAUGAAGGCAUCGCGUUUUGGAUUUUCGUCGUGGCUUUGAAGUCUCCUUUGGCGGUUGCGCUUGCUUCUCGGCGCUUGGAUCAUGCGUGGACGCGGGGUCUUGCAACGUGAAGUCGGAGCUGCUGCGCGGGGGGCGUGGCUUGGCAACGAUGACAUGUGGUGAGACUCCUGUCCAUUAAUGGCUGGGACUUUUGCUGGGGGUUGCAAUAGCCGGCGGCGAGGCGUGGGCUCGUGUUUGGAAGUCAGAGCUGCUCUUUGCGGGGUGCUUGAGCUUGGCAACGAUGACCGGUCGCGGGCGUUUGCUUUGGGGCAGCUGGUGGAUGUUCUGUGGAUGGCCUGCUAUGAGAAGUCGGAGCUGCUGGAAGCAUUGCUUCCAUGCUUGGCAACGAUGACCCAUAGUUGUGUGUCGUGUUGUGCUCAACUGUGUCGCGUGGGUUGGUUAGCCUCCGGGGUGCUUUUUUGGCAUCACGCCGACUAGCUUUCUUGUACAUAAUUAUUUCUUUCGUCUUAAUUGAGCGGCAGAGCUCCUGCCUUUGUUUCAAAAAAAAAAAGUUCUAUCGUUUAGGUUUUUAUAAAGAUGUUUUUUUCAGCCUUUUACCAUUGGUGAAAUUUUUCCUUUUUUGUUUCUUUUCAAAAAAUCUUGCUAGAAAAUUUUAUUUUUAAUUAGGAAACAUUUGGUUUCCUGAGCUAAGUGCAUCUUUAGAAAACUCUUUAUAUUUUUCUAGUUUAUAGGAAUAGAGAUUUGGUGAAGAAAUACCCUCCAUCUGCUUAUUCAAUUGGAUAUCUAAAUAUAGACAUUCUAUAUUUUGGGUUUUUUGGUAGUCGAAUAUGAAGAGCCAGAAUAACUUUUUAGACUACGCAUAAGAUAUCAAAAAACUGUUAGGAAGUACAAAGAUAUACAAAAUAAUUUUAUUUAAAUAACUCUCUAAAUAAUGAUUUAAAGAGGAGUAGAUUUUAGAAAAACUUUUGAAGGCGCUCUAACCAUUUUUCUCUUCUCCAAGAGUCUUUCUAAAAUUUACUCUUUAAAUUAUUAUUUAGAGAGUCAUUUGAGUAAAAAUUAUUUUAUAUAUCUUUGUACUUCCAACAGCUUUUCUAUAUCUCGUGGGUAGUCUAGAGAGUCAAUCUCGCUCUCCAUCUUUAGCUAGCGAGAACUCCGAAAUAGAAGAUGUCUACAUUUAAAUAUCCAAUUCAAGUGGCUGUUCAAAAUCUCUAUUUCUAUGAACUAGAAAGAAUAUAAAAAAAAUCUCUUGGAGAUGCUUUAAAAUCGGCUACGUCUCUAGAACAUCCCAGUUGCUUUGCCCUGUUGCGCACCGCACCGCACCGCACACCCACCUCCCCGCGAGACAAAAUAAAAUUACCUCUUCCCGUUCCACGAUUUACUUUUGUUUCCUUCCCCACUAAACAAUUUGUUGCGACUCAUCUUCGGCAACCUCGCCGCCGGCGACUUGACGGAACAAACCUGGCCUCCGACUGAAGUCUUCUCUCGUUGGCAAGCGUCGCCGCCGUCCUCAUGCUGUGCCCCCUCAACUGUACUGGACUCGCGUCGAGUGGAGGUGACCUUUCUUUCGCUGUGCCGGAGAAUAAUCAAACGCACCAAAUCAGCAUUCAGAUUGCCGCGUAGUUGCAGAAUUGUUUACUUCGUGCGGCCAUGUACUAUAUAUUCCGUCAUCUAUCCAUCCAUGGUUAACAUGAAAGUUUAUUUUAUAAGAAGUUUGGAGGUUCAGCUGAACCCACAUGCCCUCCCUCGCUUUGUGCCCCUGGAAAAAAGCAAACUUAGAUGGCCUUGCGUGAUUGGAUCCAGAUGAAUCUGACUGCAUUAAUAUGCUUGUAUCUUCAAUACAGUGUUAAGUUGAAUUAGCUGAAGGUCGUAUUUCAGAAAUGAGGAAGCUUGGGAACAUGUUUUCGGCUCUACACCUAGAUGCUGAAAAUAGUGGGGAAGAUAACAGUGGAGCUGAAGUUGCGCAGGCAUUUUCCACGACAGAAGAAACUGCUUCCAGGGAACUUGGUAAAACUGAGCAGAAUGAAACAAUUGCAGUACACUAUGAGGAAGGGGCACUUGUAUCAUCCUCUGGUGAUUACAGGAUGCCUUUAGUAUGGAUAGACUUGGAAAUGACUGGUUUGGAUAUUACGAAAGAUCGGAUUUUGGAGAUUGCUUGUAUCAUUACGGAUGGUAAACUUACAAAACAAAUAGAGGGUCCUGACUUGGUUAUAAACCAGAGCAAAGAUUGUUUAGAUAAUAUGGAUGAAUGGUGCAAAACUCACCACUCAGCUAGUGGUUUGACAGAAAAAGUACUGCAGAGUGAACUUUCUGAAUGUGAUGCAGAGGCACAAGUGUUAGACUUCGUUAGGAGGCAUAUAAGUUCAGGCACCCCAUUAUUAGCUGGGAAUUCUGUUUAUGUGGAUUUAUUAUUUCUGAAGAAGUAUAUGCCACAGCUUGCAGCCAUUUUCUCUCAUGUAAUUGUUGAUGUGAGCAGUGUGAUGGCUCUGUGCAUGAGAUGGUAUCCCAAAGAAAGGAAGCAAACUCCAAGAAAGCAGAAGGCCCACAGGGCAAUGGAUGAUAUCAAAGAAAGCAUCAGAGAACUGAAGUACUACAAGGACAACAUUUUCAAACCACAGAAAUCUAAGCGGUAGCUGCAUGAGUGAAGUAUGCAGAAUUGGUGUGGAAUUUUCAGGUUGAAGGUCUCAUGCCGCUUUGGAGCUCACAUGCAAGGUUCCAUUGAUGUUCUGUAUAAUUUGUUUAGUGUUUGGGACUUGCGGCAUAUUCUCGAUGGGAUUCUGAACGCUACUAGAUGAACCUCCUCGUCACUGCAUCACGUACAUUACAUGUAUUGAUGUUCGCAAUUACUUGGCUACUUCCAAUGUUAAAUGGCAUGGUGUCAAUGAUUGGCACUGAUGCCACCUCAGCGUAGCUUCUGCUAUCCAGUGAAGCAUCCUUCUAAGCAACUUGAAUGGCCAUGCAAUAACUGGUUCUAUAGGGAAAAAAAUGCACAUAGUUUUAUGGGCAAUUACGAACCCCAA